AAGUUUGAGUGACGUCCAUCCACCAAGCCCUAGACACCAGGUCCAGCCCAGCUUUGCCUUUGCCUUGCUGUGUGAUUUUGGGCCCCACAACCAUGGCCAUGGCCCAGAAGCUCAGCCACCUCCUGUACAGUCUGCGGCAGGUCGGCCGGGAGCCUCGGCCGUCUCUGCAACCAGAACCUUCUGUCUUCACGGUGGACCGAGCCCAGGUGCCACCCCUCUUCUGGAAGCCAUACAUCUAUGCGGGCUACCGGCCACUGCACCAGACUUGGCGCUUCUACUUCCGCACGCUGUUCCAGCAGCACAACGAGGCGGUGAAUGUCUGGACCCACCUGCUGGCGGCCCUAGUGCUGCUGCUGCGGCUGGCUCUGUUUGUGGGGUCCGUGGACUUUUGGGGAGACCCGCAUGCCCUGCCCCUCUUCAUCAUCGUCUUUGCCUCCUUCACCUACCUCUCCUUCAGCGCCUUGGCUCACCUCCUGCAGGCCAAAUCUGAGUUCUGGCACUAUAGCUUCUUCUUCUUGGACUACGUGGGGGUAGCUGUGUACCAGUUUGGCAGUGCCCUGGCGCACUUCUACUAUGCCAUUGAGCCCGCCUGGCAUGCCCAGGUGCAGGCCAUUUUCCUGCCCACGGCUGCUUUUCUGGCCUGGCUUUCCUGCACCGGCUCCUGCUACACCAAGUACAUCCAGAAACCAGGGCUGCUGGGGCGCACGUGCCAGGAGGUGCCCUCGGCACUGGCUUAUGCGCUGGACAUCAGCCCUGUGGUGCACCGCAUCUUGGUGUCCCCUGACCCUGCCACGGAUGACCCGGCUCUUCUCUACCACAAGUGCCAGGUGGUCUUCUUUCUGCUGGCUGCUGCUUUCUUCUCUACCUUCAUGCCCGAGCGCUGGUUCCCGGGCAGCUGCCAUGUCUUCGGGCAGGGCCACCAACUUUUCCACGUCUUCUUGGUGCUGUGCACGCUGGCUCAGCUGGAGGCUGUGGCACUGGACUAUGAGGCCCGGCGGCCCAUCUAUGAGCCUCUGCACACCCACUGGCCUCACAACUUCUCUGGCCUCUUCUUACUCACUGUGGGCAGCAGUAUCCUCACUGCGCUCCUCCUGAGCCAGCUGGUACGGCGCAAACUCCAUCAGAAGACCAAGUGAAGGGGGUGGGAGGCAUGGUGGGGGCACAGGGGUUUGGGCUUGGCUCCAGAUGGGAACGAGGCCUGGUAAAGUUGUUUGUGUCUGGCCCGCGGUGACUCUGCACACACCUCAACUGCCAAGGAUGGCACUGGCCACUCUUUGGAUAUGAAAAUUGGCCAGGAACUGCUGGGGCCCAGUCCUGGGAGAGGAAAAAAGAUAAAGGCAUAGGCCACCCUGGCUUGCCCCUCCUUUGCCACUCACUGGGGUGAGGCUGAGGGUCAGCUUGGGGUAGGACUCCAGUUUGGGGCCUCCAGAUUGUAUGGGUGGGAGGUGAAAUUUGAGCCAGAGUUGGAUUUAAGCUGAGAGGCAGGGAGGUCUAAGCGACUCACCUCCUAUCAGAUUUCACUGGCGGAUGGAGAAGCAGGCCCAGAAUAUGUGCAGGGUCUUACUGUCCCCCUGAAGUCUAGCCUUGAGUGGUGGAGCUCCAGACAGUCGCCAAAGGUAGAAGAUUGUGUCCAAUGCCAGCGGAUCCUGUCCAGUGCCUCAUAUCCUGCUAGUCACUGUCCUAGACAGCGAGCCCCAGGUCCCCUAGCUCUGGCCUGUGUUCCACCCAGCCUGUUCCCAUCUUCUCUCCUGGUUCCCUCGUUCACAGAUCAGUGACCAUUCAGUGUUUCCUGGGCCUCUGUUUGGAAGCAGGCCAUGCUGGCUGGGCCCUGCGGGUUAGUGCAGGAUGACAAAGAUUUUAAUAUGGAAAUGAACUGCCAAGGGAGGCUCUGAGGAGGGAGUAAUAAAUGUUGCCAGGGACCCUUGGGGUCUUGGACUGGGAAGGGUGAAUAGAAGUUUGCAGAUGGACAAUAGGAAGAAAGGAAAAACCUGUGCAAAGGUCCAGAGGUGCUGAAGGAGGAGUUCCGUGGGGCUGGGGCUAGGGGUGGUCUGCACUCUAAUAUGUCCCAAAUGCAAUAAAGUGACUGUGACAGUA